UGUUUUUCAUGGUAAAGAUGGACUUGUAAGAAGUGUAAGGUUAAAAACAAGUAAGGGAGAGAUUACUAGGUCUAUCCAACGGUUGUAUAACUUAGAAGUAACUAGAUCUGAUGACUUUGAUCUCUCUUGUAAGCCUAUGAUCUAUAAUAACCCUGAUGUUAAUGGAAAUUCAUGUGAUGAGGACACCAGUUUGUUUGUGGAUACUAUUAGUGAUGAUAAUGUGAUUUCUAAGACUAGAUCUGGUAGAAUAAUCAAAGUUCCUGCUAAGUUAGACUUAUAAGAUGAUGAAGUGAAGAUUGUAAUAUGUGUCAUUAAGUUUAAGGAUUUUUGUAAGAUUUACAUAUAUAUUCUUAAGAUAGGUGGCUUUAACGCCCCCUAUGGGGGGAGAAUGUUAAAUCUGAAAUAACCUCAAUAGUCUUAAUUUUAUGAGUGUUGUUCUAGUUUCUUAAGUCUCCCUCAAAAUGGACGGCCAAGCUCUCGUUUUCGUUUACUGUCACAUAGUCACGUUCCUAUAAUGUGCCAGUAUCUCUUGCUGCUGUGUUUCUAGUCCUAAAUAAGGGGCUUUAGCCAAGGAAAAGAACUUUAGUAAUUUAUGUUCAUAAGUAUUACAUUUACUAAGUAUAAGUUUUUAAAUCAAAACUCAUUGUGUGAUAGUUUUUGUAUUUUUGUAAGAAUGUACUGAGAAAGGAAGAAUUAGAGCUGUUGACAAACAUGAUGGCGUCUCACUUAGCCCUAGAAUCUUCUCCUAUUUCCGAGUUCUGCACGAUGGAGAAAUAGACAUUCUUCAGAUCUGAUGUUAUAUAUGACAAUAUAGUACAUCAAGCGUAGUUUGGGACAAUUUCCGCAAUUUGAAUCUACCGCCUUUGACGUGGUAUCCCGCCAGUAGAGGGGAGUAGUAGCGUCGCCACUCGCCAGUCCAGCAGCCAUCAUUCAAAGCUCAAGAUAAGGACCCACGUGGGCUGUGCCUCCUUCAUUUCUGCUAUCCAACAUCAGAACAGUAUAUGAAUAUGGCAAAUGCUGUUUUGACAUCAUUUCCUGCCAUCCUGAGAAACAGUGAUCUCGAGGAGCAUGAAUUGCAGCUGCAAUGGAAAUUGUGCAUCCAGCGCAAGUUUCAGAAUUCAAGGAAGAGGCAGGAUUCCUCAGUGACUGAGGUGACAUCAAGGAAAAGAGAGAUCCCUUGCAUAGCGCCAAAAGAGACUACGUGUCCACUGAUGUAUGGAGUAAAGGCUUACCUUCCACCAAGGCCCCAUUCAGAAGAUGAUGAGUCAUUAGAGAGACAUAGACAGUGGCUUGCUCUACAUUGGAUGAAGAAAGAUCCCGAGUUAGAUAAGAUAAUCAAGGAGUUCUUGAGAUUAGAACCACAAGCGGAUGAACCAGACCCAAGAGUAGCAGUUUUGAAAGGGCUGGAGAAAUAUAGGCUCCCAAUAAUUGCCAUUCUCAAAAAAAGAAAAGCAGUUCCUCUGUAUAUGGAAACCUUACUUGAACUCUAUGACCAUGAUGAAAGUCAAUAUGCUUGCUUAAUUAUAUUGGGGUUACUUCACCUGCUUGGAGAAAGGAAAGACUCCAUUUUUACUAAGGUACCAGAAGAAGAACUAAGAACAGGGCAGUCUAGUGUGUCCAUUCAACAUGUUGGGGACAUACAUGUCAGACAGAUUUUGUGUAUUAUUUGAUGGUGCACCUGUAGCUGAACCAACAUGUAUUUUUAUGGCUGUAGUCUCAUUGGUAGCAGGGCUUUAUGUGUUUAAUA